CGGCCAUUAAUGGCUCCUCUCUCUUUGUCUCUGCUCUUCUCUCUCUCCUCUCUCGAGACUUGUUGCACAGGUCUUUUCACGUUCGAACAUGGCGCUCUUCGUCUUCCUUCCCGGUCCUCACUCACCUCACUCACCUCAAGCCCUCACGCCCUCGUCCUCUUGCUUUUGCGCUCCUUCUUCCGCUUCGACUUCGUUCGUUGCCAUCGUCGCCUUUCGGGCUUUGACGAUAGAAACCACGAGUGGCUCGGUUUCGAUUUUGGGUCAGGCGUGUCGUCACCAAAGCGGAAGAAAUUUGCAGCUACUGGGUCGUGAGCCCUCUCGGCCUUCACACGCCGCUCGCUUCGUUUGUCGCCAUCGUCGCCUUUCUGGUUCCGGCGAUAUAAUCUGCGAGUGGGUCGGUUUCAUUUUCGAGCUCGGCCGCGUUGGCACCAAAGCGGAAGAAGUUUUCAAGUGCUGGGUCCCGAGACCUCUUCACGUUCACACGCCGCUUGCUUCGUUUAUCGCGGUCGUUGCUUUUCUGGGUCGGGCAAUAGAAACCGGCAGUGGGUCAUUCUUGAUUUCAGGCUCGGGCACGACGCCAGCGAUUUUGAAGCCAAAGCAGAAGAAGCUUGCGAUUUCUGGGUCUCGAGCCUCUCCGCCUUCACAGGUCGCUCGAAUGUCUUCACUAGACAGUGUAUCCCCUUGCCAUCGCUACCGGAUUCUCUCCCACAAAAUGAAGUCUACACUUUACUAUUGGCUAUCAUGAAUUAAUGGGCUCAAAAGUGCUGCUAUGAAACCAUUUCUAGUAUUGAAGAAAGUAAAACUCGUGGAUGCAGAGCAAAGCUCUAAUAUUGAGUUAGCCGAUUCAUC